AUGAACUUUCCAGAUCACUGUGGUUUCAUUCGAAAAUGCCCAGUGGUUUUCUUACAACAUGGUUUACUAGGGUCCAGUUUCGACUGGGUAGCAAAUUUUCCUAAUGAAUCCCUUGCAUUCAUCUUGGCAGAUGCUGGAUUUGAUGUAUGGCUUGGUAAUUCGCGUGGAAAUACAUAUUCAGCAAAACAUGUAAAAUAUGCUAUUGGAGAAAAUAGUUUUUGGAAUUUUAGUUGGGAUGAAAUGGCGAAGUAUGAUUUAGACGCAAUGAUUGCUUUAGUAUUAAAUGAAACCAAGCGUAGUGACUUAUACUAUGUCGGAUUUUCUCAGGGUACUUUAAUAAUGUUCUCAAAGCUUGCACAGGAUCCUAACUUUGCAUCGAAGAUUCGAAAAUUCUUUGCACUAGCACCUAUUGCAACUGUCGGCCAUAUUAGAGGAUUGCUUCGUUUCCUUGCCACUUGGAUUUUUCGUUUCAAGAUAGCACAAUCACUUCUUGGUCAGAAAUAUUUUGUCCUGAAUGAUGAACUGUCAAAAGCAUUUAGUGCAAUAAUUUGUGGAUAUCAUAUCUUCAAUCCAUUGUGUAAUAGUAUACUCUAUCAAAUUGCUGGUCCUAAAAGCAAUCAAAUUAAUGAGACUCGUUUAUUGGUUUAUGUUAUGCACCAAGACCGCACAUCGGCAAUGAAUAUAUUUCAUUGGAUACAAAUGGUAAGAAGUGGUAAAAUGCAAGCUUUUGAUUAUGAAUCAAAAGAAGAAAAUCGGAAACAUUAUGGACAGGUAAAAUUUCCUUUAUAUAUCUGCAAAAUUCAAUUAUAU